UUCCCAUCGAGGGCAGUGUCCCAACAAAUCCGAUGUCCAGUAGACUCUGGCUCAUCUCAGCUGAUGAUCCGCGAGUCAUGACUCCCGUCUUGAUGAGUUUGCGGAUCCCCGUGAACAUGAAACAGUUGCGAUUGCUGAGUCGCUAUCCACAGCAUUAAGCAUCGUGAUCAGCUUUUUCAUGCCCCGGAUCCAUCGUCAAAUUCAUUGUCGAUCUCCCCCGUCUGACGGAGAAGCGCAUUUCAUAGGCAAACCUCCACGCAAUACCGGUGCUCGCACUCAGUUUCAAACAGCUGGAACUCCCAACCUCGACACCGUCUGAUGAGAUGCGUGGGAAUAAAGUUGAUUCUGCAGGGGCUGAGAACGUGUUCGCCGCUUUGCCAUCCCAUUUAGACUGGCGUAGACACCUCGUUGGGCAUCACAGUGCACUUAUCUUCUUCUGUUCCCAUGUUUCUCUCUCAACAACCGACGCCUAUGCUGCUGGCCCCGGCAUCCGAUACCUCAUGCUCCGAUCAAUCAGAUCCCCCCGGUUCUAGAGGAUCCUCACCCCCACUAUAUCGCCGCCUCCGAUCCAACACGAAUGGUGCAGAACGUGAACGAAAGCGAUCGACCGCGGAGAUGUUUUCGUACAUGACUGAGCCGACGCCGCAACAGCCGCGCCCGAUUAUCAUCGUAUCCGCCAAGGAGGCGGUGAAGCGGAUCAGGAGGACGACGAGCAUGGGCGAGGUUCCGUGGGGACGCUAUUCGCGGGGUGGGGAGUAUCAGAUGCCGUCG